GAAACUCCAAUACUUUGGCCACCUGAUGCGAAGAACUGACUCAUUAGAAAAGACAGGUUGCACCUGUUUCCCCCGCUUAUCCCCCCCCCCAGGGGAGGUGGUCACAGAGGCCCCCUCUGGUCCUUCUGGAGGGUGGGAGGGAGCCCCCAGCCGGGAUUGUCUGCUGCCUGGAGACCUUCUGUGCCUGGUGCCCCGAUCGAGGUCAUGGCUGCUUUUGUACAGAACUUUGUGACCCUCCUUUGUGCGUCUGUGCUAGUGCGGGGCUCACAGCACUGGUUUCCUGGUAAAUGUCUCCUGACUUGCUGGGAGGCCCUGAGAUGGAGGGUCCUGCUGGAGGCCGACACACUGUCUCCAGCCUGUCCCCUGCCCUCUGUGCUGAGCGGUAUGUCGGUCCUACCUGCGGUCGAUGUGACUUUGACUCCUGGGCCCCUGCUGUUUGUUUGGAUGUCACAAUGUGACCCGGGUGCUGUUGACCCGCCACGUCUGCGUACCCCUUGCAUGGCAAGCGGUAUGGUCCAGCCUCUGAGCCCCUCACAGAGUGCUGCCUGGGUGCGGUAGGCGGAGCAUCUCCUCUGCAUUCCAGCGCUGGGACCCUGCAGCCCGUGACCUUGGAACCGCAGGAGCUGCAUCAUUAGAAUUACCAAGAGCAGAGGGCCAGGACUUCCACGGCUUUAGUAAGGGAAUGUUCAGGACUUAUCUUUGCCCCAGUGCCUGAACCUGGAAUCUGGAAUCUGGAAUCUGGAAGGGUUGGUUGACCUGGCCUCUGCGAGCCCCUGGCUUGCUUGUCUCCGAGCAGGCAUGACAACAGGGCUGGUGCUGCUGAGUGACUGCCCGAGGUGUCUGCUGGCUGGUAGUGAAAAGUGACGGGGGCUGAGGCUGUGUGAGCGGCAGGGCCUGGAGGAUCUGACCCGCCGGCAACCUCUGCAGACCUCUGCAUUAUGACCUGGCUGCUUGGCUACGUGGACCUCUCGGAACCCCACUUUGUGGCUGCCGUCCUUGCCAUUGUCUUCAAUCCGCUCUUCUGGAAUGUGGUUGCGAGAUGGGAACACAAGACCCGAAAGCUGAGCAAGGCCUUUGGGUCCCCCCGCCUGGCCUGUUACACCCUGGGUGGGGCCAUCCUGCUCUUGAACGUCCUGCGCUCCCACUGCUUCACGCAGGCCAUGCUGAGCCAGCCCCGGAUGCAGAGCCUGGACAACCCCGCGGCCUACCACGUGGGCCUGGCACUCCUGGGAGUGGGCGGCGUGUUCGUCCUUUCCAGUUUCCUGGCGCUGGGCUUCACCGGGACCUUCCUAGGUGACUACUUUGGGAUCCUCAAGGAGGCCAGAGUGACCAUGUUCCCGUUCAGCGUCCUGGACAACCCCAUGUACUGGGGCAGCACGGCCAUCUACCUGGGCUGGGCCAUUGUGCACGCCAGCCCCACCGGCCUGCUGCUGACCGCGGUGGUGGCACUCAUCUACAUGGUCGCCAUCGUGUAUGAGGAGCCCUUCACUGCCGAAAUCUAUCAGCAGAAAGCCUCCCAGGCCUACAAGAGGAGCUGACGGCCACGGCCACUCUGGGAGAGUUCCCACCUCAGGCCUGCCCCGAGCACAGGCCCCUCGAGGGGGAGAGCGGUGCUUGGCGAGGACUGUCCAGUGCCUUGGAAACACGGCUUGAGGGCUCUGGACAGGUGCCUUGUGGCCCCAGAGCCCCCUGCCCUGCUGCCCACCUUGUCCUGACUAAUAAAAGGCACCUGACCCAUA